AUGAGAAAUAUUUGCAUAUGGAGUGCAUUUUUUAUCGCUGUGCUGUUUAUAAAAAAUUCUCAUCAACAUGAAAAUAUUAAUAUUGGUGCAUUAUUUUACGACGAUGAAUAUGAAAUUGAGGAAUCCUUUGUAACAACAAUAAAUUUAAUCAAUAAUCAAAAUGAAGUGAAUUUUAAAUUAAUACCGUUAAUUGAAAAACUUGACGAUGCGGAUAGUACGGCAAUCUUGGAAACUAAAACUAACAAACUUAUAGAAAACGGUGCCGCAGUUAUUUUUGGACCAAGUUCAAAGGCAGACAGUGAUAUUGUCUCGCUUAUUUGUAAUGCCACCGGUAUACCGCACAUGCUCUUCGAUUAUCUAGCGGAAGAGAGUGAUCUCUCCAAAGUCAAUCAUCAAAUGACUCUCAAUGUUUUUCCCGCCCAGCCGGUGUUGUCUAAGGCCUAUGCUGAUAUUGUACAGAAUUAUGGCUGGAGAAAAUAUACCAUAGUCUAUGAUGAAGAUGAUGGCAGUGCACCGUUUCGUCUACAAGAUCUCAUCCAGCUAAGAGAUUUAAAUGAGAAAAUUGUUCGUGUUCGUACAUUUAAGAGAGGUGAAGAUUAUCGAAUUUUAUGGAAGAGCAUAAAAGGUGAAAGGCGUAUAAUUUUGGAUUGUCCGCCUGAUAUGUUGGUGGAGCUGCUCAAUUCAUCGAUUCCAUUUGGUAUGACGGCACAAUUUAAUCAUUUAUUCCUGACAAAUUUCGAUACUCAAGUUGCAAGUUUAGAGGAGCUACGGGACAAUGUAACAUUUGCUGUUAAUGUCACCGCCAUACGUAUGAGACAACGUGAAUUUGAUAGUGAAGAGGGAAAUAUUUGGAAUGAAGUCGAUUUACCAACUAUGAAAUUGUUACCCGAUUUAAUACACGAUGCCGUAAUGUUAUUUUAUUUAGCCGUUAAAAAUAUUAGUGUCAUGUAUGAAAUCAAUCCACCGGCUAUACAUUACACAUACGAAGAUGGCAAUGAAAAUCCAUGGCCAAUGGGUUUAUAUAUAAAUCGUGUUAUGAAAUUUAUUGCCUCCGCCGAUGAUAGUCACUUCCAUAUGAGCUAUAUGCAAUUCGAUGAUGGUGGCCAACGAAUAAAUUUCACAUUGGAAAUCUAUGAACCGGUAGAUAAUUAUUUACUAGCUACAUGGGAUCCAGAUGGUCAUAUCAGUCAAAAGGUAGUGGAAUUGACAAAUAUCAAAAAAAUUGUCUAUAAAGUGGCAACACGUAUUGGAGAACCGUAUUUUAUGUUGAAGGAAGAUGCUGAAAAUCGUACCGGCAAUGAUCGUUAUAUAGGCUAUGCAGUCGAUCUUAUCGAUGCCAUUGCCAAUGUUUUACAUUUUGAUUAUUUAUUUGUACCGGUUGCUGAUAAUUCGUAUGGUAAAUUGAAUAAGGAAACGAAUCAAUGGGAUGGUAUUAUUGGCGAACUGAUAAAUAAUGAUGCUCAUAUGGGUAUAUGUGAUCUGACCAUAACUCAAAAACGUAAAACUGUUGUGGAUUUUACGGUGCCCUUUAUGCAAUUGGGUAUCAGUAUUUUGGCCUAUGAAAAACCAAUUGAACAGAAAUCCUGGAAUGCAUUUUUGGAGCCAUUUACCAAUGAAGUUUGGAUUUAUGUUAUGUUUUCGAUUUUCAUUAUGGCAUUUUUGUUUCUAUUUAUGGCAAGAAUAUCGAAAGGUGAAUGGCAAAAUCCCCAUCCCUGUAAUAAGAAUCCUGAAGUUUUGGAAAAUACAUGGAAUGUUUCGAAUGUCUUUUGGCUGACAAUUGGCUCCAUUAUGACAGCCGGCAGCGACAUUUUACCACGAAGUGCUCCCAUGCGUACUUUCAAUGCCAUGUGGUGGAUUUUUGCCGUAAUCAUUGCAAAUUCCUAUACAGCUAAUUUGGCGGCUUUCUUGACCAACAGUAAAAUGGAAGGUGACAUUAAGGGUGUGGAAGAUUUGGCAAAACAAAAUGAAGUGAAAUUUGGUACCAUUGAGGGUGGCAGUACCUAUACAUUCUUUUCGGAAUCGAAUGAAACCGCCUUUCGUUUGGCAUACAAUAUGAUGCAGUCACAAGAUCCUUCGGUCUAUACGAAAAGUAAUAAUGAAGGGGUGGAGAGGGUGUUGAAAAAUAACGGUUCCUAUAUGUUUCUAAUGGAAACCACCUCGUUGGAGUACAAUACCGAACGGAAUUGUAAAUUGAAGAUGUUGGGCGAAACUUUCGGAGAGAAACACUAUGCCAUUGCUGUGCCGUUUGGUGCUGAAUAUCGCUCCAAUUUAAGUGUUGCCAUACUUAAACUUGGUGAAUUGGGAAAGUUAUUCGAAUUGAAGAAAAAAUGGUGGGUUAAUGAGAACAAAAGUUGUCCCCAAGAAACCAAAGCCAAUUCGGAAACAAAUGAUUUAAAUUUCACCGAAGUGCGAGGUAUAUUUUAUACCCUUUAUGUUGGCCUGUUUAUAGCCUAUGUUGUUGGCAUUACGGAGUUUUUAAUUUAUGCCCAGCAUGUUGCCGUUGAAGAAAAGUUAACUUUUAAAGAAGCUCUAACAAAGGAACUGAAAUUUGUUCUAAAAGUUUGGAAUAACAAGAAACCUGUAACACCUGCCUGUAGUACAGCAUCAUCAUCGCAUCGAUCCGGUAGUACUGACAAAUCGUCGAAGCCGUAUGCUAUACGUUCGGAUAGGGUGAAUGGUACAACCGAUAUGGAUGAAAGGAAAAGUAUGAAGAGUAUGAAAAGCAUAAGGAGUAUUCGAAGUUUCAAGAGUUUGAAGAGUGCCAUUGUUAAUACCAUAAAGAAAAUCUAA